AUGCAUUUUCUUCAAAUUGUUUUAUUCGCAACCAUCAUAAACCUGUUCUCGGUAUUAGCGCAUAGUUUUGUAUCCAACAUCAAUAUUAACCGUCUCUCAUAUGAUGGCUUCCGCCCUACAGAGCCGGAUGACCAUCCGUUCGCCAUUGGUUGGUCGACAACCGCCUUUGACCAAGGUUAUGUAAACCAAACCGGAUAUCGAACAGAAGAAAUCAUUUGUCAUAGAGGGGCUAAGAAUGCGAAGAACCAUGCUCCCGUUUCUGCAGGCGACAUUGUUCAUAUUCAAUGGAAUGGCUGGCCCGAGUCUCACAAGGGCCCAGUGUUGGACUACCUUGCAUCCUGCGGUGACUCGUGCGAGACAGUUGAUAAAGAUACUUUACGAUUCUUCAAGAUCAAUCAGGCUGGAUUGAUAGACGGUUCUAAAGCACCCGGCCUAUGGGGCUCUGAUCAGCUUAUCGCGAACAACAAUUCGUGGAUGGUGGAGAUUCCUCGUCGGAUCCAACCAGGGUUUUACAUCUUGCGGACUGAAAUCAUCUCACUACAUAAUGCAUCGCGCGAAAUCGGUGCGCAGAACUAUCCCCAGUGUAUCAAUUUGCAGAUUACUGGUGGCGGUACCGAACUGCCUUUUGGUAUUCUUGGCGAGGAGCUCUAUGACCCCGACGACCCCAGCAUGCAUCUGGAUAUAUAUGAUGGCAUUUCGACAUACAAGAUUCCGGGUCCGACUCUUAUCUCCGAGAUUGAGACAGUGACGCUGAGUCAUCCUCUUCCAACAAGAAGCGGGAUACCACUCACUGGCUUCACUACAUCGGUAGUGCCGAUGCCCACUCCAACAUAA